GCUAUCCGGACAGACCAGUCCACCUCCCCUUCUGACCGAAGCNGUCUGAUGGAACGCCAUGGGAUCGGGACUGACGCGACUCAUGCGGAUCACAUCGAAACAAUCAAACAACGUUUGUAUGUUGGAAUGGAACAAGCAAAGUUUCUUGUCCCGGGUCAGCUUGGCAUGGGAUUGGUUGAUGGAUAUGAUACUAUGGGUUUGGAGAUGUCAAAACCCAACCUUCGAGCAGAACUUGAAGCGGAUUUGAAACUGUGA